CUUUGCUGAAUCAACAUGUUGCCCGCGGAAUUUCUCGAUCGAAAUCUCUCCUCUCGACCACCUUUUUGGAGGAAUUUUCUUUCUCCAGAAUCGGUGGUGAAGAAGUGCGUGAGUUCUUUUUCAAAAGAAGAUCUGGUGGAGAAGAAAGUAUUCGUGAGAGUUGAUCUGAAUGACGUCGUGUUGAAUGACGACUUAAGCAUCGCCGAUGACACUAAAAUCCAAGCCGCUGUUCCAACCAUUAAGUAUUUGAUGGAACGCCAAGCUCGUGUUAUUCUUGCCUCACAUCUUGUUCCAGGGUCGUCCGGUAUAUAUCAGUCAAGAGUACAAUCAUAAGUACAAUCAAAGGUACAACUUGAAGCCACUUGUUGCAAGAC